CAAUCCGGAACAAAGCUCGUGGUGUUCGAAACGCGGGGGGAUUGUGUUCGGCGUCGCGCAGAGAACCGGGUGGAAGUUCCUGAGGCAACAACGGAAAAGAUUUCUCGCCAGAUCGCGGGAGGAGAGCAGCUAGCGGCUUCCAUGAGACAAAGGGAAUGGCGGACAUUCUGGAAGUUCCGCGCACGAGGAUUAACACGAGCCUGGUCUCGCGCUUCACCGGGAUGGCGGUUUGCUUCGUGGGCCGAAUUCUGAAGGUUCACCCUUCUGGGACCUCCAUUGUUCUGUCAGAUGGUGAUGGGAAGAAUGUAACAGUGGAAAUGACUGAUCCGCUCGAUGAAGAGUUGAGUGGAGUCAUUGAAGUGGUUGGAAAGGUCACACCAAAAGCCACAAUCAAGGCUGCAUACUACGUCCCUUUCCGAGAGGAUAAGAACAGUUUUGAUCUUGGUCUUUACAAUGAAGCUCUGAACAUCAUACAUGAAUUUUCACAGUACUAUCCAUUUAAUGUUACAGGCAGCAGUUGAUUUCUUAUUACACACAUGAAAUAUGAUUUUGGAGACAAUCUCAACCACUCAAAAAAGCUUCAACAAAAAUUAAAUUCAAUAGAAACAUAUCAAUACAGGGAUCUGAACUUAAGUGAAAGAUUUAAGUUUUAUAUAUUUUCUAAAAUCUGAGUUUGUUGAAUAAUAAUUGUAAAUGGAAAUUUAAGUUCCAAGAGAUGAUUUGUUCUGGUUUGAGAGUGAGGCUGGCAUUGUAGUACUCUAGCUACAAGGAAGAAAAUUAUUGAAAUGUAUAAGUUUAAAACUUGUUCAAGUUUCAGAAAAUUGAUAGCAACCAGUCAAAAUAAACUGGCUUACUGAUGGUCUGUUAUAGUUCAAGUUAAAUAGUAAACUUAUCACCAAUUAUGUAAUUUGGAAUAUCAUUAGGUUAAAACAUUGUGACUAGAAUGCAACCCAUGGAUGUACUCAAGUACAAAUGGCUUUUGUUUGACCUUCAGUAAAGAUUUUUUUUGGUA